AUGCGGCAGACUCUGGUGACCAACUAUGGCCUCCAUGUACCUAGACAGGUGUUAUAUGACAUUCUCAAAGAGCUGGAUCCUGAAGGAAUGGAAAUGCGCCUUAAAAAGACAUGCGAAAGAAGAGUCUUCCGGACCAUUGGUCCCAAUCACAUCUGGGCCGCGGAUGGGCACAACAAAUUAAAGCGUUUUGGAAUCACGGUUUAUGGAUUUAUCAAUGCAUGGUCCAGAAAAGUUUUAGGAAUCUUUGUUCAUGUGACCAAUAAUGAUCCAAGGCAUAUAGGAGUAUACUUUCUCCGAUUGGCCAGGGAUCAUGGGGGAAUACCACAAAAGGUGACUACAGACAAGGGAACAGAAACAGUAAUCUUGGGUGCCUUCCAGGUCCAACUUUCCUACGAAUUCAUUCCAAAUAUAUCCCUUGAAGAGGCCAAGAAACACAUGCAUUAUACCAAGUCCACCCACAAUCAGGAAAUUGAAUCAUUAUGGUCAAGAAUGAUGACAGAGCACAACAGGCCAGUGAUUGAUAACAUUUUGCAACACAUGGAAAAUGGAUUGGGAGUUAUGAUGACAGUGAUGCAUUACAAAAGUAAGAAAUUAACCCCAUUCCAAUUGCAUAUGAAUCUCAAGCACUAA